CAAAUGCCAAAAGCGAAAACCAAAAAUUUGACCUUCCAAAAACACGCUUCAUUCCUACGUCUCUGCAACUCAAUGAAAACAAUAAAUAAUAAUAGCUUUCCACCGAAACAUUCUAAUUCUACAUCAAGAUAAUGUGAAAGCCACUGUAAAAUUCAAUUAGAAUCCGCAGUUUACAUUUUCCAAUCCCUUCAGUCUUCAACCACCUGAUCUCCCUUUCCCAAUUUCCCAUUGAAAACCCUAAAAAUCUCUCUUUUUAUCUCUUCCAGUUUUCUUCUAAUUCCACAAGGGUGGCUUUUGUGUAUCCCUGAAUCAUCAGUAAUUGCUCUGCAGCUCCGUCUGAUCUAAACCAUCUUCUUGUUUCUUCAUUUUCGUCAAUACCCAAUUCUCUAAAUGUUUUUUUGAAAGAGACGUUAUUUCGUGAAUAUCUGUUCAAAUUCGCUGCACAUUGCACUUAAAUUACUUAGGAACCAUGUCGUUCGAGGAAGAGGAAUCGUUCGAGCACACUCUUUUAGUUGUUCGCGAAGUGUCCGUCUACAAAAUCCCCCCUCGGAGCACGAGUGGUGGUUACAAAUGUGGAGAGUGGCUCCAAUCUGAUAAGAUCUGGUCGGGGCGUCUUCGUGUUGUUUCGUGUAAAGAACGUUGUGAGAUCCGGCUGGAGGAUUCCAACUCCGGUGAGCUCUUCGCCGCUUGCUUUGUCCUCCCCGGGCAGAGGGAGAAUUCCGUUGAAACUGUUCUCGACUCGUCACGCUACUUCGUGCUGAAGAUAGAGGAUGGGAGGGGCAAGCAUGCCUUCAUUGGGUUGGGAUUUGCAGAGAGGAAUGAAGCAUUUGAUUUCAAUGUUGCACUAUCGGAUCACGAGAAGUAUGUAAAGAGGGAGAAUGAGAAGGAGUCAGGAGAGGCCAGCGAAGACUGUCAGAUCGAUAUUCAUCCUGCUGUGAAUCACAGGUUGAAGGAAGGUGAGACCAUCCGAAUAAAUGUGAAGAACAAACCAACUAGUGGAACUGGCAUGCUUUCAGCUGCUGGUUUGUCUGGUGCUGCUUCAGGUGCUGGGAAGGCUAAAACUUUGGGCCUUGCUCCACCUCCUAGUGGGUAUGGAAAAAUCAGAUCCCCUCUUCCACCCCCGCCGAAUGACCCUGCUACAGCUCGGAUGACCUCUGGAGGUCAGGGUAUUGGUCUCCAGGGUUCCAAGGAAAGUGCAAGGCACACUACUGAUCCUUUGUCAAAUCUUUCUCAAGUUGAGAAAAGCCUACCAUCCACAACAUCAUCUGGCCCAACAAAGAGCAGCACUGCAGCAGGGUGGGCAGCAUUUUAAUUGUGUGAGCAUUUCUUAAAUUUGAUUGUUCACGACUUUGGGGUGAGUGAAAAAAAAGUAAACUUUGGGACGAUGAAAGAAAAAAAAAAAAAGAGGGAGAGAUCAAGUGAGAGUGAGGCAUCUUAUACUACAGAUUUCUUCUAUAAAAAGAACAAUUUCUGAUGGGAUAUAUUAAUUGUCACUAUAAGCCUUUUUACAGAUGUAUAAUGGAGACACUAGUUAUUUACAUUACUAGUUGUGUUGCUUUCUGUUA